UUUUAAUGAAAUAAUAAAAAUGAUAAAUAUGCCUUCCAGCUGCUGGUGUGGAGCCAUGACAGCAGGCAGAGAAGAACUUGGAUCGAUGGGCUGAUCGGUCCAGAUUCCAGUAUCUGUUUAUGUCUGAGCUCUGAUGUGAGAAACAGGUCACAGUGUCUGAGAUGCAGCAAACUUGAACCGAGUAGCUUCACUUCCAUCAGCUUCCAAAUCCAAACUGGAAAAGCCGUUUCCUGCCUAGAAAAACAAACAAAUAAGACAUAUGUUGGAUUUAUUUAUAUUUUGAUUAGAGCCUGUGUUCACCAGAAGGAGCAUCAAUGACCAGAAAUCAUCUGGCUGACAAACAGAGGAUGUCCACCGCUGAUCUCUUUUAGCCUUUUGUAAACUGGACCUUCUCUACAUUUCGACAUGGGACAUUGUUGUCUUCAGUCAGUAGAAACUAUUCAUACAGACUAAUGCCCAAAGUGCGUUGCAGAUGACUGACUGUAACUCUGUUUAUGUAACGGCACUGAUGAAUUCUGGCAGCGUGCACAGCAGGACUCUUCUCAAGCCCCCAGUCCACACCAGAAACACCGUGGAGUCGCUGUUCCAAUUGAGAUCAGCAGAGGGAAACGUAGCGCACCCUUCUCUCCACCUCAGACAAUAAAAACAAGGCGAAGCCCACACACACAGCAGCAUCUCAGCCCUAGUCGAAGCCUUGGCAUCCGAGCGAUGUCUGAGCAGUGAACGCUCACACAUCGGCUGGAGGAAUAUGGAUACAUGGCAGCCGAGCUGGGACUAGAGAUGUAGUUGCAAGGAUGCCAGACUACACCUCUCGGUUGCUCCUCUUCGUGUGGAUCUGCGCGGUUUGGGAGGCGCUGGCCAAAUCUCUUCCAGAUCAGGGAGCAUUCGAGGUGCAAAUAAAAGUCCAGGUGUUCGACAACAGUGACCUGUCACCUUUGGCCAAUGCUCAGGUCGAAGUCCACGGCAAUCAGACCAUCUUGGCAUCCGACAGGGCCAGCACUGAUGGCACUUUGAGAGUCAGCUUCCUGUACCGGGCAGGAACAUGGGUCAUCAUUACAGCCUCGAAACAGGACUAUGUCACCAACUCUGUGCCCUGGCACUCCAACCGCAUCCCCUUGUAUGCAUCUGUCAGCCUGUACCUCCUUGUGCAAAGGCCAGGAACUCUUAUACUGUACGAUGACGUUCUGCAGGUGCUGUCUGGGUCACCAGGAGCUCGCAACCAGCCGCUGGUGCAGCUCCAGAGGACGUCCCUCCAGCUGCCACCCAGCUACAACUACACGGCGCUGUCUGCUGCACUGACCACAGCCAGGAGUCACUAUGAGAUCGGUGGCUUCCCGUUCCUCCUGGGCCAAGAGACCAACAGCUCAGGAGCAGAGACAGGCUGGACAGACCUGACGGCUCUGGCAGUGGUCAGCAUUCAGCUCUUUGACAAAGAUGGCAGCACAAUCCAGGUUUCAGAUCCGAUCCACAUCUCUGUGCCCCUGCCGUCCGACACCCGCAACAGGAUGGCCACCAGUGUCCCUGCUUGGCUGUAUCAGCCUAAGACUGGAUUAUGGGUUCGGAACGGGACAGGCUACAUCAAAAAAGACGGUAACCAGUUUGUCUGGAACAUCGUGGUUCCUCAGAUGGGAUACUGGUUGGCUGCCUUCCCUUCGUCUUCAGGAUUUGGUCUGACUCACCCAGGCCUGAGGGACAUCACGACAUACCACACCCUGUUCCUGCUCUCUAUUCUGGGCUCACUGGCCCUGCUGGUGCUCAUCCUGCUCUGUGUGCUGCUCUACUACUGCAGGUGUGGGCAGCGUAGGCGCAGGCGGAAGUGUUUGAAACCUCGUCGACAGCAAGGUAAACCCCACACUUCCAAUCUAAAUGGAGCAAAGAGAGACCAGGGUACAUCCACUUCACGCCUAAAUCUGAUCUGUGGAGGCCAUGUUGAGUCUGGUCCUUCUAAUGACAAAUCUGACUUGUCCCCAUCUCGAGACUACCAGAGUUCAAGAGAGGACUUAACCAAACAUGUUCCAGCUCACAUGCUGCGACAUGCAAAGGGAAAAAAUACUUCAGGUUCUCAACGGGGUGAAAGCUUCCCCAUGAAGGUUACACGUGCCACAGAGACCAACAACCUGGAUAACCCUUUGUUGCAUGAAGACUACAAUCGGAGCUACAGCUCCAUGGAAGGCAAGGAGUCUGAAUAUGACCGACACCACAGUGCCAAUGACAAUCGAGGCUACUCCUCCGAUCCCCCAUCCCCACCUCGUUUCCAAGGGUAUGUGCCAAGCCAGUGUGACAAACCUCCAGAAUAUUCAGCAGCAGCUGCUGACAGCCUUGCCAGACCCACCUCCCUCAACACCCAGCCAGGUCAGAUCAUCUUCUGCAGCUCCAUUGACCAGAUGAAGGAGAACAUGUACCGGAGUAUGGUGCCGACCCUGGUCAUUCCAGCCCACUACAUGCGCCUGCCUUCUGAGUUUUCUGGCAAAGAUGGCAAGGACCAGAAGGAACAAGACAAAGAUGGUGCACAGAUGGGAGGCCAGCAGCAUCAUCACCACCACUCCCAGAAACAAGGCCAACACCAGCAACAGCAGCAGCAGCAAGGUGGGUCCCAAGGAGACGACUCUGAAGAGCCCAGCUGGGCAUCUGACUCCUCUGGUGGACCAGUUACCAUCCCUGUGCUCUUCAACGACUCCACCAUGGCCCAGAUGAACGGGGAACUACAAGUUCUGACCGAGAAGAAGCUACUGGAGCUGGGUGUUAAACAGCACCCACGGGCCUGGUUCAUCUCCCUGGACGGACGUGCCAACGCUCAUGUGCGCCACUCCUACAUAGAUGUUGGUAAUGAUCUCAGUGGCGGUGGUGGUUUUGGAGGUGGUUCUAGCAGUACUCCACGAGAUGUCAACCUUGAACCACCUCUGGAGGCCCAGGAACGAAAAUCAGCAGCAAACCGGAAGGGAAAAGAUGAGCGCUGGGCGUCAGGAGGACGGAAGGCCCACGGUGUUAGCAGCAGUGGGGGGAAGAAUUACUCCAAGCUGGCCUACCCUGACCACAGUGAGCCCAGCAGCAGUGAGGGACGCCCGGUCUCACCUGAGGAGAACUCCCUCACCCCUCUUCUGGAUGAAGGUCCAUCUUCACGAGGAUCCACCAUCCCCAGAAGAGGUCGCAGCCGUGUAAACAGCAGCCGCAGCAGCAACAGCGAGAACCGCCGUGAUUCCAUGACCAGUCCUGAGGAUGAUCCUGAUGACAAAGAUGAGAACAAGAAGAGCCCCUGGCAGAAGAUUGAAGACAGGCCUCUCAUGGUCUUCCACCCCAGGAAGUGAGCUGUUUGAACUAACUGAGCAGUGUACCUGAAAGAAUCUUCUCACAGGGGAGUCUUUCCACAUCAAGCAUGGGAGAAGAGAGAUCACAAUAAGCACAACCAUGCUUCACUGGUCCGUUUUCAGGUUGUUGUUUGACCUUUGUGUUUCUGCUGAGGUGCUUUUUGCACUUUCUGAUGACUCGUAGUUUUGCUGUCAGGUAACCUUGUUGUUUUCCACUGCGAUGAUUUAUCUUAUACCAGUUUAUUGUGAAUGCUGUCACCUGAUACACCACUGAAACAUUGUCUGAGCCAUCACAUAUACUGACCAUGGAAAUAGCCAUUUUAUAGAGCAAAAUAAGAAUAAAGCACUUACUAAUAAUUUAUUAAUUCAUUGAUAGUUACAAGUAUUUGUAACAUUUUUAUGGGUUUGAUUGGUGUUUAGGUGAUUUAGUUUUCCUUACCUGGAUAUAAUCUACACAAAGGCUCACAUGGGCGGUACAAAAUGUGCACCUGUGUUUACUUGACUACUACCCAGACCUACACUAUAACUAGUUUUUUUUUAAAGGGAAACUGCUCCCCGAAGUUUGAGUCUGUAGGGAACUGAUCAGUUCUACUGAUUGGUUUCUUGAGCCCCUGUGAACAGAUAAUGCAAUCAAUCAAGUCCAAUAUGUGACUUGCAUUUUGCUCCUUCAGGGAUGUACUUGAUUUCCUCUUCCUCCUGUACUUUGUUCAUGUGUUGUAAUUACUUAUACAGAUAGUAAUGAUUUGAAAUGUUGAGCAUCAUCUUCAUCCUUUCUGUCAUUGAUUUAUCACAGUGAUCUACUAUACAAAUCUGCCAAAAGUAUGCAUUUCUGCCAUUCUCCUGUUGAGAUUUUUCUGGACUUUGCAUUCUCUGUUAUGUAUAUAGAUUUCCAAACAUUUGAAAGACCCUUUGGUAUAGAAAGGUUGCAUGCAUAUGAAUGUACGAAAUAAAUAGAAGGCACCAAAAGCCCCCACAGUUCUUCGGGCUCCUGAAGUAGACAACCCCCUAAUUGCCAGGAAACCUGGGUUAAGUCGAAAACAGACACGGCUCAGCAAAAACAUCACUUUACUUGAACACUUCCCUGUUUAACAUUCUUCUGAGCUCUGUAGGGGUUGUUUGUAGACAGGGCCUGUACCACUCCUCUCCUGUAAGUGCCUUCUUUCACAUAGGAUCGAGUGAUAGGCAUGCAGGUCCCUUUUUCAAAUGCAGUUUGUCUCCACCUAAACUUUCCUGUUGUCAUCGGCAGGCACCAAUAAGCACACUGCAUUGUGGUAACAACAACACGUGUCACUCUGGGGAGCAUGCCUGCCAAAACUGACGCCAUUGGACAUCUUAAUUUCUUAUAUCUAUUCUCUUUUUCACCAGACUUGUAAAUGGUAUGAUGAACUAUAUGAGAUUUCAUGUGUAUACAGUAUGAUGUGCAUGUAACAUGUAGAAUAGGGUGUUUUUAAUGAAACCUUUUUUCAAAUGAGGAUGUUUGGCACAAAAUGUGAUGCACUGACGCGUUGAAUUGUUGCCAAAUGGACUUGUUAUAUGAAGAAACACUGACUUUUCCCUUAAUCCAGUUCUAACAGAAUUCACUUCCGGUCGUAAAUGUUUACAACAGUAACACACUGACCAACAUGCGCCCGCUAUUCCUAGCAUCACCACUGCCUACAGUGCAGCAACAACUGUGAACUUCAUUUAGCACAUUUGUAAGAGCUCACAAUUUUAGAAAACCUGAAGAGGUCUGUGUUUUGCUGAGGUCGAUUAUGAAGUGAAGGUUGUAUAAAAGUCAUGCUGACCUGUUGGUCGUUUUCACCAUUUGCUUGCUGUUCAUAAGCCUGUGUCAGUAGCCUACAGUACAAACUGAAAAUGUGA